UAGUUUUUCGACGCAGCUCAGCAAAAGCAGUGUUGUGAGCCGGAAGCGCGGCGCUUCGCGGCGCGGCGCGACGCGACGCGACAUGCCAACAAUGGUCGGCACGCUAAGACAUGCUAGCCGUAGCCUCAGCGUCAACACUGACAAAGACAACAAACUAAUAGAGCUCGUUUGACGCCGUGGCUUCGCUUUCGCGUUUACAUUUGGCGUCGUGACGCGUCACGCCAUUCCGUCUGCGACGAGCCCAAGUUACUCCGAGUGCUCCGCUCCAGUCGAAAAUGUCAAACGUCAAAGCUGAUCGAUCGGCCGGCGCGAUCGUUAGCCGCGUUAGCCGAGCGUGCGCUCCCGUUCGUCCUCCUAAUGUGUCAUUUAUGCGUCAUUGGAGUCCGCUUCCGAGUGAACGUGGAGUUCCCCGAUGAUGCAACAGCAAGCAAGAAGCAGGCGAGCGAUCGCCGCUGCUUGUUUCCACCCGGAAGACUGACGCAUGCGCACGUGCGCGCGCGGCGGCGGCGGCGGCGGCCGCUGCUGCCGCUGCUGCAAGGCUUCGUGGAAGAGAAGAGAUGUUUUCUUUCUAGUUUGGUUUCUGGUUUCGGGUCAACCUUUGGAGCUUUACGGAAGCCAAACCUUGGCAGUAUCGCGUUACAACGUGGUGCCCGUCUUCAGUCGCCGGUCAGCGGUCACCCAAAUGAGCCAGCCGCCGCAGCCUAAAGCCACGUCAUCGGACCACAACGGCGUCAGCGUCAUCCAGAGUCAGAGCCACGCCGCCGGCGCCGCCAGCGCCCUGCUGCAGCAGGUACCUCAGCCGUCGCCGCUCAGCCAGGCGUCGUCCCCGGGCGCCGGCAAGGCCGCCCCCGGCAAGAUGAAGAAGGCGUCGGCGGACAAGGACAGUGACGAGUACCGUCAGCGGCGAGAGCGAAACAACCUGGCGGUGAAGAAGAGCCGCCAGCGCAGCAAGCAGAAAGCCAUGGACACGCAGCAGAGGGUCAACCAGCUCAAGGAGGAGAACGAACGUCUGGAGGCCAAAAUCAAACUGCUCAGCAAAGAACUGAGCGUGCUCAAGGACCUCUUCCUGGAACACGCCCACAACCUGGCCGACAACGUGCAGCCCCCCUCCGGGAACCCUGAGGCCAGCCCCGCCCCCAACAACCAGUGAGGAGGGGGGCGCCGACGCUCCCCUGCAGCCUGGCGCCGCCUUGGUCUGACGGGAACCAGACACUGGGACGGACGGAGGGGGUGGAGCGGAGCGGAGCGUGACCUGCUCCACGUGUCCCCUUCUUUCUUUUUUGCCAUUUACCAACACGUGCAAGACAGCGUUUGGGGACGCUCGCUCUUCCUCUCGCCUCGAUUCCGCUUUGCCGGUGGCGGCGCCGGCGGCUAACUCUUUGAGGUUGAUGGGCACGUUCAAGUCGACGCCAGACUCUUGAUUCUGGACUCGAGGCUCUCCAUGCUUGAUUGUGGGCUUUUGACUGAGUGUUUUGAAUUUGAUGGUGAACUCUUGACACAACUCUUGAUUGUGGCCACUUCUCCCUUGACUCAAUGUUCUGACUUCAGAGCCAAGACUUGACUGGCUCUGAAAUGUGCAUCGCCCGCCAUCCAAUGCUUGUCCAGGGUCUUUGUAAAUGAAUGAACAAUAUGCCAAAAAUACGUUGACAUUGCUACUUAUGAGGAAAAAAAAAACCCCAAAACCUCUUUCUUUCAUUGGAGAAUAAGAUUUCUUGUGAAAUGAUUAUGGUGCAGCCCUGGUCUAUACUCAUGGCGGAUUCUGGAAUGGAUUCAACAAAAUGUUCAUUCUGGGCCCUUGACUCGUCGAGAACAUUGAUUCUAGUUUGUGAAGUCCAAACUCGCUUGGUUCUAAUUCAUCAAGUCCAAACUCCCUGGAAUGGAGCCGUUGUCUUUUGUGGACUCGACACUUGAGAGUCUGAGCCCGGAUUCUGAAUUCUCGACUCUGUCUGCUUCCGCAUGUGUUCAUCGCCUGUGCUUUUGUUAAUUAGCAUGCUUAACGUCAUCUCUUGAUGAGCCUUUCUGUUCCAAACCUCAGCUAAAUCCUUCCUUCCUUCCUCCCUCCCUCCCUCCCUCCCUCCCUCCCUCCCUCCCUUCCUUCCUUCCCCGUAGAAUGGCUUACGUCAAACGUUCAUUUGCAUGUUUCUAACACUAAAUGUGAUGUGGUGUUUGUUUGUCUUUUUUUUUUUGCGGCAACGGCGUGACUAGCCGCGAGCUAGUUUGUUAAUUAGCCCGCUACCUACUAAGCUAGCUAUCUAGGUUAGGAUGACUUCCAGUUGACUUUGUUUGAUGCCGCACACACCUCGCAGUAACGAGGACCCAUCGGAUCCUCGUCCGGCUUUCAUAGAAUAAAGGGCGUUCAAAUUGGACCAACAACAUCAAAUGUUAUUUAUUUACGCUGGUGAAAAAAUAUUUUUAUUGGCUAUUUCUUUGCUCGUUGAUCUUUUUGUGCUCCGAGUGGAACGAUAAUAAAAUCCCGUUGACAUUU